AUGUUCAAUAUACUCCCAGCUCGAGCUCCAUUUACGCUAAAUCAACACUCUGUCACACUGAACUGGAAGACCAAACGCAGUGGAUCAAGUUUACCACUGGAUGCAUGUAGGAUAUAUUUAAAACUCAUUGAAAACAACAUAGUAGCUUUGUCUCCAUGGCACCUCAAUUUUGUGUGUGUCCCUACAGAUUUCUCUGAGGAAACAGAACAGUCAGCAGAAAUGCCCCUGGAAGAGGAAAACAGAGAUGAAGAUUUUUAUAUUCAAACUGUAUUUGUUGCCGUGACCACGGGAGCAUUCAUGGCAAAUUCAAGUUUUGGCGACAUUGAUGAGGAUGAAAAUCAGUUGGAGUUUGUAUUAAUGGUGUUGAUCCCACUGGUUUUAUUUGCUCUCUUAUUUUUAUCAGUGAUAAUCCUUGUAAUACGCUAUAAAAGAAAAAGGACCAAACAAGAGCCUUCUAGCCAAGGAUCUCAGAGUGCCUUACAGACAUGUGAACUGGGAAGUGAAAACAUCAAAGUCCCCAUUUUUGAGGAAGACACGCCCUCUGUUAUGGAAAUCGAAAUGGAAGAGCUUGACAAGUGGAUGAACAGCAUGAAUAGAAAUGCUGACUGUGAAUGUUUACCUACUUUAAAGGAAGAAAAGGAAUCAAACCACAACCCAAGGAUGGAAAUGACCAUGUUUGGGGUGUUUUUGAUCAGAGAAUUGUUUGGUCAGGAUGCGAGAAGUGUCACAGGAGAAAGGAUUGAUGAUGCAGCAGCUUGGGUACUUGUCCCAUAUGGCAGCACUGUGAUUUGGGGGGUGCCAAGUUGUGCAUGUCUACAUUCCUCCGUUCGUCCAAAACAAUCUGGCUUCAGUUCGCAGGAUGACAGUCUGGCUUCACCUCAUUCCCACUCAGUGAAGCCAGCACCAGCGUAUGGAACCAACAGUGGCAAGUCCCAAGGCUUUGCUCUGCGCUGCUCCAAGCUUUGGAGCAUCAUGACACGAGAAAGGUUUGAUGCAGGUUUAUUGCCAUCUUCGGAGCUAGGAAACAUUCGCCAAGGUCAGACGGAGGGAGCGCUAGAAGAUAAACUGGUCAGGAGACCAAAGAAGGCUGAUCUGCUCCCGCCUGCGACCCAGGGGCAGUUAGGAAACGAGGUGUUCAGAGCGGCCUCUGGCCUCGUUUCGCUGCUGGCGUUCCAAUGA